GAUAUCAAUACUAUUAUUGUAGAUAUAUGGUCUGGCCCAUAGACAUUCACCUCUUUUACGGUGCGCAUGUGCACCGUGAAAGCGGAAGUCGUAUGUGCGCCAAGCGGAAGCUGUAAAGUCCUUUUUGCUCCCGGACUGCCAUCAUGGUGUUCACACGUUUCGUUGAGAUCGGCCGUGUUGCCUACAUCUCUUUCGGACCCUACGCUGGCAAGCUGGUGGCCAUUGUAGAUGUUAUUGACCAAAAUAGGGCUCUUGUUGAUGGUCCUUGCACAGGAGUGAGGAGGCAGUCCAUGCCCUUCAAGUGCAUGCAGCUCACAGACUACGUCAUCAAAGUGCCCCACAGUGCCCGCCAGAAGUUUGUGAGGAAAGCCUGGGAGAAGGCCCAAAUCAACGAGAAGUGGUCAGAGAGCAGCUGGGCCAAGAAGAUCGAGGCAAGACAGAAGCGGGCCAAGAUGUCUGACUUCGACCGUUUCAAGGUGAUGAAGGCCAAGAGGAUGAGAAACAAGAUCAUCAAGCAUGAGGUGAAGAAGCUCCAGAAGGAAGCGGCUAAGAAAUGAACAGUUUUCACAAAAUAAAUUUCCUCUUUGAUCAGU